AUGACUCCUGCCAUUCCUUUGGCAGACACCAACCUCAACCUAGACAUAUCAGGCGUCGCCGGUUUCUUUGGUGGCGAUGUCGCCGUCUCCGCCAUGGCUACCGUCCAUGUCUACCCCGGCCGCAAAUGGCUGGGGUGGUACAACACCCCUGGGAGCUACGAGAUCGCCAAACGCUUUGGCAUCCUAGGCAAGACGCGGUUCUGGGACGGGCUUUACCCUGGCGUCAAUGUCGAUCCCGCUGAACUAUUCGAGCUCGAUGGUGCCAAGGGCCCCAAGUACCGUGCCCUCCGUUCCGGCACCGUCAUGAAGUCGACCGGCCACCUCGCCUACCUCUUCGCCCGUGAGUGCAAGGACAUCUCGCGCAAGGAAUGGUCCCCUCCCAAAGGCGCGCGGAAGACGAGCCCGGUGAACGUUACCAUCGCCGACCUCGAGCACACUCCUCCCGAGACAUGUCACCCCCGCAUGUCCAAAGGCUCGACAAUCACUGCCACGAGCCUCGUCGCCCUCAUCCCCAUUCUCGCCUGCAUCGCCACCGCCAUCCCGUGCGCCAUCUUCAAAGACUGGACGUGCUUCUCCAUGAUCGUCUUUGGCAUGCUCGUCAACGGAGUAUCAUGCUUCAUCAUCGGCAGUGGAGUCCUCACCUUCACACACCCCUUACCUGCCGAGGGCGCACCCCCGGCGGACGGCAUUCUUGAGGACGGCGAGCAGAUCAUCAUCCUCCGCGGCGCCGAAGGUGCCGUGAACCCGAUCACCCGCGGCCGCUUCACGCUCAAGUACGCGUGCGAGCCCAACUACCACCCCAUCGGCAUCUCCUCCCUCCUCCUCACCGUACAAUUCAUCGUCCAGCUUGUCGCCGUCCCACAGGGCGAGAUCUUCGGGCAAAUCAUGUUUCUCUCCUCCCUCGCCGUGUCCUGGAUGUACAACUCCUACCUCUCCUCGCUCGACAAGGAGAGCAUCCAGCGCCGGCUCCUGCACAGAGAAGUGCUCCAGAGCCCCCGCCUCCGCAAGUUCGAGCUCCCGACCCGGACGAGCAUGACCGUCUUCGUCCUCCUCGUCCUCGCCGCGCGCGCGCACAAGGUCGAUCGCGGCUCGCUCUGCUCCGUCCUCAACGACCUGCUCCCGAACGACACCGACCUGUGGCAGAACUGGAAGGACCGCAUCCUGCACGAGAUCCAGAACGGACUCCCGCACGGCCCCGGGCAGCUCCGCUUCGAUAGCCCGCCGCGCGAGACAAACUCCGGCGCGGACGUGAAGGACGACGCGGAUCUGCUCGAGCGGCUCUACGACGAUGCGCGCCUCGCCCUGCAGGCGUUCGAGGCCGUCACGAGGUCAGUCCUCGCGUCUCCGUUUCCCUACUUCCGACGUCGCUCAUCCCGUCAUCGUCCGCAGAGAUAA